ACGGCAGAAGUUGGUAAUGUAGGCCUAGGAAUUAGUUUCGGGUCAAAACUUCUUUCGGACUGAAGAUUCUUGAUGGGGAAGGUAUAGGAAAGCCUUAAACCCUACAUGCCAUUUGCUGUGGAAGGUAAAUAGGAAGCCUUAAACCUUCUCAUUGUCUCUCGUAAGGGAGAAGAAGCCUUAAACUGUUGAUUUCUGAGCCACGCUGGUGGACCAUUAAUUCUCAAUGGCGCAGUUGUGUGGAGGAAUUCAUCUUACGCCCAAACCCACCAUGGAGCCCCUCUUCCGCCCCUCCAUUUGCUCUGCAAAAUCAUUGUUCUUGUGUAGAGUUCCGCUCAAACGAGUUGCAACAGAAGCAGUGGCGAACAUGCAAUGCUCCAAGUACACCAAGUUCAGAGUGAGAUGCAGCAGCAGCAGUGGAGGGUAUUCCCACCGGCCUGCGCGGCCCAACUAUGUGCCAAACCGCAUUGAUGACCCCUUCUAUGUGCGCAUUUUCGACACGACGCUGCGCGACGGAGAGCAGUCACCGGGAGCCACAAUGACCAGCAAGGAGAAGCUGGAUGUUGCCCGACAGCUGUCUAGACUGGGCGUGGAUAUCAUUGAAGCAGGGUUCCCCAUUGCCUCCCCGGACGAUCUGCAAGCAGUGAAGAUGAUUGCAAUGGAAGUGGGUAAUCACGUCGACGAUGACGGUUAUGUUCCAGUCAUCUGUGGCCUCUCUAGAUGCAACAAGGCCGACAUUGAUGCUGCCUGGGAGGCUGUGCGCUGGGCUUUGCGGCCCAGGAUACACACUUUUAUUGCUACCAGCGAUAUCCAUCUCAACUAUAAGCUUAAGAAGUCACGAGAGGAGGUCAUUAAUAUCGCCAGAGAUAUGGUGGCCUAUGCUCGUUCUCUUGGAUGCUCCGAUGUUGAAUUCAGCCCCGAGGAUGCUGGAAGGUCUGAUCGUGAAUUUCUUUACCAAAUACUAGAAGAAGUAAUCAAGGCAGGAGCAACUACUUUAAAUAUUCCCGAUACUGUGGGGUACACUCUACCAACUGAAUUUGGAAAAUUGAUUGCAGACAUCAAAGCCAAUACUCAGGGUAUUGAGAAUGUUGUCAUUUCAACACACUGCCAGAAUGACCUUGGUCUCGCAACAGCCAAUACCUUAGCGGGUGCACAUGCAGGUGCCAGACAGGUAGAAGUCACUGUUAAUGGAAUCGGAGAAAGAGCAGGAAAUGCUUCAUUGGAGGAGGUGGUGAUGGCCAUAAGAUGCCGUGGUAGAGAACAGUUAAAUGGCCUUUACACUGGAAUCAAUACAAAACAGAUCACUAUGGCAAGUAAAAUGGUAUCCGAGCUUACUGGAAUGUCUGUACAGCCCCAUAAGGCUAUUGUUGGAGCAAAUGCAUUUGCACAUGAAAGUGGCAUCCAUCAGGAUGGGAUGCUUAAAUUCAAAGGUACUUAUGAAAUUAUUAGUCCAGAAGAUAUUGGAUUAGCACGAGCAGAUGAAUCAGGGAUUGUCCUUGGAAAGCUUAGUGGGCGCCAUGCCUUGAAGUCACGAUUAUUGCAGCUUGGCUAUGAGUUAGAUGGAAAAGAACUGGAUGAUGUUUUCCGACGGUUCAAAGCUCUUGCAGAGAAGAAAAAAUCAUUGUCUGAUGGAGAUUUGGAAGCACUGAUGUCAGAUGAAAUAUUUCAACCUCAAGCUAUCUGGUCACUUGCUGACUUGCAGGUGACCUGCGGAACAUUGGGACUUUCCACAGGGACUGUCAAACUGUUAGGUCCAAAUGGAGAAGAACAUGUUGCUUGUGCUGUUGGAACUGGUCCUGUAGACGCUGCAUACAAGGCUAUUGAUAGUAUUGUUGAGGUACCUGUCACUCUUUUGGAGUAUUCACUAAAUGCUGUGACGGAAGGUAUUGAUGCAUUGGCAUCUACAAGGGUUGUGAUACGAGCACAGCAAGGACAUUCUUCAACACAUGCACUUACUGGAGCAACUAUUCAACGGACGUUUAGUGGGACGGGAGCUGGAAUGGAUAUCGUUGUCUCUAGUGUGCGUGCAUAUAUAAAUGCCUUGAACAAAAUGUUAGGAUUUCAAGUUGAAUAUAUGAGUUCGGAGAGAAGCCAUGCGCGUCGUGUCUCUACGUGAAAUUCACAUUUGGCCAAGCAUCAUGCUCGGUAUAUUUUAUGUUUUAGUUAGGUCAAUUGAGGAAGUGAAUAUCUGUAAGCAUAUCAUCUCAUUGAUUUUGAUCACGGUCAGAUUUGUCUUAGAUUUUUUUUCAUUUUUUCAAAAUUUCUUACGAUUUUUUUUGUUAUGCGAAAAAAUCUUCAACAUUGUAACCCUGUAUGCUGAAUGGAAUACUUGAAUCAUGAUAUUCUACGUUAGCGAACCCAAAAUGUAAGGAAUGAGUACCUACUGUCUGUUGUGUCAAUAACAAGGUUUCUUUCUUAAUAAAGAUGCCAUUUGAAAAAGUUUGAAGCUA